CUUGGCUCGGAGAGGACACCGCACUCACUCUACUUCUGGACUCUCGUAUGAAGUAGAAUGAAAACAAAGGAAGCUUGUAUUGUAGCUGCAGCGGGUAUUCUGAGCCUAGUAAUUCAAGGUUCGUCUUUUUGCUUUUAUUAUAGACAACGUUUAUGUUUUCAACAUAUGUCUGCAACUUUACACUUUUUAUGAGAUGCCACCAAAGAAACAGUAAGCAAAAGCUUAAUCAGUUUUAUAAUUUUCAGAUUUCAUGUCCAAUCUUAAAGGGUUAGAAGCACGUUAACAGUUGUACCAAAGGAACCAGUGUUACUCAAUAUAUUGGUUUCACUGCAAUGGUGGUCCUUAAUUUAAUUUAGUUUCCAAACAAAAAGGUUUUAAGAGGUUCUUUUCAAAUCAUAGUUUCGUCAAGAACUCUUUACAAGGUAAAACUCCUAAACAAUUUCCUUAUUUUGUCGUUUACGUCGUGGCUGAAUUGGAUAGUUCACUUGCCUGUUUGUCGCAGAGGCAAUAAUCGUUAAAUCUUGUAAAGUGCAAAAUUAUUCAGAUCACCUAAAGAGCAUAAUCCACUAAAACACUGGUUAAAUUUUACUAUUUUUAGUUAUUGGUGGAAAUGUGGAUCAAAUGACUCUGGAUUAUAUCGCAUCCAAUCUUGACAUCCGCUAUGACGUAUUGGAUAACUUUCAAGACACCUGGAGAUCAUACCGCGUUCGCAUGACCCUGUCGAAUGCGGGCUCAAAGCCGAUUCCCAAUGCACCCUGGGCCAUUUAUCUUUGCCACAUCCGGGUUAUAGAACCAGUCCACACAAAGCACAAUCCAAAUGGUUACGUCAUACCUGGCAGUCAUGGUAUCAAGGUCACCCAUAUUAACGGGUGUCAACACAAAUUUGAGCCAACUGCCAGCUUUCCAGGUUUGCCUGGUUCCCAGUCCCUGCUGAUAGAUUUUGACGCAGAAAACUGGGACGUAGCCCAAACAGAUGUGAUGCCUAACUGGUAUAUUGCCGCUGACGGAUUACAGGCACGUACAAUCACCAGUACUGCAGGCGAAGAUUUGUCAUUCAUUGGUCCAUUUGAUGCACCUAACAAGUGGAAGAGGAUUGCUUCGGAUAAAUACGAUCCGUACACACCCGAGAAGCGGUACUCAAUUAACGACAUCAUCGAUCUGAAGAAACCAGGACAGCUAAUUGUGCCCAGUCCAUCUGAGAUAAUCGGUCUUGAUGAGACGAGGAAGGUAAAUUUAAGAACUGGAGACUGGGCCAUUAUAGCUGGAAAAGGGUUGAAGAACGAAGCGAAAUUCUUAGCAGGUAAGACCACUGGCCUGCGGUAAGUCUUCAUGCUACAAACUCCAUUGGAAUUUCGGUCUAUCUUAGCUCAAUUUCGGCAGAUUGAGUCACGGUAUAAGUAUAACUACCACAAGAAUACUGUUCUCGAAAUUUUAAGUUAAUUAAUUGUUAAUUUGGAGUUAGUUGUUAAUUUGGCCACUUGGUUGGUGGGAUACAAGGCGGAUGAAAGCAGGAGUUAAAAAAAAAAAACAAGCUCCACAAAAAUAGAAAAAAGUCGUCCAUACUCACUUAUUGCUUAAUCUUUUGCGAGAGUGAAAUCAUAACAAAUCAUAAGUCAUGCCUUGUUAUUUAUCUACCUUCAUUCGUAUUUAUGCAGGGAAAGUGGGUCUUCAACUGAAUUAUAUGAGCAGUUUUCGACAGAUUCGUUUAAAUAUUGGUGAGGUAAAAAUCGAUGGUAUUAAAUCCAGCAGUACGGAGUCAUACAGACUGCAAGUCGACUCAAGUGCACAAAGCAUUGCAAUUACUGGCCAAUCACAAGUUGGCGUUUUCUACGGAAUCCAGUCCCUUCUCAGUCUCAAUGAACCAGACGGUAUGGUACCCCACUUGACUAUCAAUGAUGCACCGCGGUAUGAGUAUCGCGGGAUGGAGCUUGACGUGGGACGUAAUUUCAUGCCUAAAAGUGAGGUGCUGAAAUUGAUUGACGCCAUGGCAAUGUACAAGUUAAACAAGUUUCACUUUCACCUGACUGAUGACGAAGGCUGGAGACUGGAGAUUCCCGGAUUACCGGAACUUACUGAGGUUCGUAAGGACAUCAACCGCUACAAAAAAGUUAAAUCGCUUAUCUAUCUAUCCGAUUAAUAAGCUUAUACAUGGGUAAAUAUUUAACUUGAAAGUCGUCAAAAUUCUCCACAAUAGUAACAAAUAAGUUCAGGCAGGAGCCCAUGAUGGGCUCCUGGUUCAGAAAAUAAUUGUGUGUAAAGAGUCCUAGUCACUUUCCAAGAACUUGUAAAAGCCGAUAAUAUUCGCGCAAACAGCAAAAAUACUUUUGCUCCCGUCAAACCAAAAAAUAUGAAAAAAAUCUCUUCACUUAACGGUAAAUAGAAUUAUUUAUUUGAGUUUCCGUUCUUUUUUCGAAGAUGGGAUCAAAACGCUGUCACGACGUAAAAGAAGAGACAUGUCUCGGAUCUCAACUCGGCUCGGGACCUGGUACGGGGAACUCUGGAAGUGGAUUUUAUAAUGUGAACGAUUAUCGCGAGAUUCUGCAAUACGCUGAGGAGCGGCAUGUGGAGGUAAUCCCAGAAUUUGACAUGCCAGGCCAUGGACACGCCGCCAUCAAAGCCAUGCAGGCAAGACAGAAGAAAUUCGCCGCUGUGGGCCAAGAUAAUGAAGCUAAUAAGUAUUUGCUGUCGGAUCCGCUUGAUACUUCAAAGUACCUGUCAGUGCAGUUCUUUACUGAUAAUGCCAUUAAUCCGUGUUUGGAGUCAACUUAUGAGUUCUUAGAGCUCGUUGUGUCCAGUGUGAAGCACAUGCAUCAUGAUAUUCAGCCAUUAAAGGUAAGUGUAGAAAAAGAAAAAAAAAACAGUUAAGCGAUCCUAUUGAAAUCACUGAACAGAUGAAGUAUCACAAAUAUCAGAGUUAUGGGCUCCUGCACAUAUCCAUUGAAAGAGAUAUACUCUUUUUUUCUCUAAAAGAUAUUCCACUUCGGUGGAGAUGAGGUGGCUCAUGGUGCCUGGACCAAGUCCCCCUCUUGCAAGAAAUUAGCGCAGAAACUGGGUUUGAACUUCACAAGUCCCUCUAUCGUGAAGGACUUGAAAGAGUACUUUGUGCGAAGAGUGGCUGACGUUUCGUCCAGGUAAUAUAACUCUAUAACAUCAUGGUAACUUUCUAUACACAAUUUGAUAAUCAUUCCGCCGGUUGAUAUAGUCGUGUACAUGCGUAAGGUACUGACCAAAACGCGGAGUUGGUACGUGUGCUUCAGUGCUGAAAUUGAUAUUCUUUACACAGGUACUGUCUUGAUUUGGGAGCGUGGGAAGAUGGCGUACUUGGAGUCAAGGACACUCCCUAUGAUCGUAGUUAUCUUAAGAACAAGAACGUUUACGCUUAUGCCUGGGAUAACGUGUGGGAGUGGGGACAAGGAGACCGGGCUUACAAAUUAGCUAAUGCUGACUAUAAGGUAUUCAAUUCCACUUCAGUUUAUUCUGUAUUUAAUUUUCCUCUUUUUUGGCUUUUUUGUCCCAGUCAAGUAGCUGUUUUACAAGAUCAACUUAAGGAAGUGGCUAUACGCUGAAGUAAAAUGCCUGUAUUUUUUUUUCGGGGGGGGGGGAUUCCAACGCACGGACGGCAAUUUAAGUGGCAAUUUAACAGAAAAUUUUAGUUGGGGCAUGUAUUUAAAAAAUGAGCAGGUACCUUUUCUUUCGCUACUACUGUAACAUCAAGCGAUCAGUAGGAAAUGAAAGCAAAAGGGUUAUUUCCAAUGGUGAUAUUUCUGGUAACAGAAAAGAAAAAGAAGAAGAAAAUUAGCUUAUAACUAGGCUCCUAACCUCCUUUUCCAAGCGUUUGUUUAGUGUCCUUCCACUGCUCCCCCUUCCCCUACAACUUCGCCUGUGGAUCUUUUCCCCUUUGAAUAUGGGAAGGAUGCCCCCGCCCCCUCCCAUCCCCUAGGGACGAAGUUGCGGAUGUAAACAUUUUUUUUAUUAUUAUUCUAAAGGUUGUCCUGACCCAGGCCACUCAUCUUUACUUUGAUCAUCCAUACGAGCCUGACCCUGAAGAGAGGGGUUAUUACUGGGCCCCAAGAUUCAUUGACACUCGAAAAACAUUUGGUUUCAUGCCGGACGAAAUUUAUGCUAACGCUGAUUUCACGAGAAUGGGAGACCCUAUCGUGAACCUGUGUGAGGAUAUGUACAAAGGGAAAUGCGUCCCUCUCAGGAAACCUCAAAACAUCGCAGGUGGGUAGAGAAAGGAAAGGAUGAUAGGUAAGAAAAAAACCUGAGAAACAAAGAACAAACCGAUCAUCUCAUAUCUUUGGAGCCAUGUAAAUAAAUAUUUUGAGGAGGAUCUGGUGUCACAAACACACCAGUAUACAAUGAACACUAGGUGCGGUCACACAUAACCACAGUAAGUGGCAUUUACCAUGGUAAAAAAAGCCGUGGUAAUUUUAACGUGGGUUAAGUUUACCGUGGUAACAUGUGGUUAUAAACGAAUUAACCACUAAGGUGAAUUAGCGGCUCUUACGGCUUCAGCUGGCUUCAUUCACGCUAUUGCGACCUUAUUUCGGUAAUGAUCGCCAUUGAACAUGGUAGCAUUUCAUGUUCUGUUGAAAUUAUACGUAAAAUUUAAGCAAAAUUUCAAGUGCUAUGUUAGUAGUCCUGAGUAGUCCGGUCACACGAACUGCACCAAAUUCUCACGUUAAAAGGGCCAUUUACCAACCGUUAAACUGUCCCGUGUAACCACACCAAUUAAUUUUCUGUAGGGAAAGAUUGAAUUCUAUCGAUUUAGUAGGCUUCUACCAGUUACUAAUAUUUUUCGUCGUCACAAAAAAUUCAUCGGGGAAUUUUCUAAGAGUGGGGCGUUAGGGAAAUCUUCUGUGGGACUAUGGGUAUGAUGGGUUAAUUUUCUGAGGGUAGGGUGGGUGAAUCUCCUGGCCAUAAUGGUAGGUAAGGUAAACCUACUGUAGAUAGGGUUGAUUUAGAGUUUUCCCAACUGUUUUUUUCAUUCCUCGCCUUUAAGUGCUGUCAUAUAACGUCAGGACCAAAAUUGAUGAAAGAAAUCCGUAACAAACCAUAACGGUCCUAUUUUUCCGUAAUCUAGGAAUGGCUGGUGCUCUCUGGUCGGAAACGGUGAGAACACCAAGUCAACUCCAGUCCAUGAUUUUCCCACGACUGCUGGCACUGGCUGAGAGAGCCUGGCACAAGGGGUGUUUUGAGAAUGAAACUGAUAUUGCGAAACGUAACAGAGUGAAAAACCUCGAGUGGGAAGCGUUCGCCAACAGCUUAGGACACAAAGAACUGGCGCGACUAGAUAAAAUGAACAUUGAUUAUCACGUACCAGUCCCUGGAGCAAGGUAAUGUAGUAACACAGGAAAGGUAGGUAAUGUAGCCUGAAAAAACAGCCGACAUUUGGCGACGCUACCACUUUUUUCCCCGCCAAAUGACGUCUGAGAAACGAGCACAGAAAUCCCACACUGAUGACACCUCACCACCCAAAUCUGAGUAGUGCUUCUGAUUGGUUGAAUCAAAAUUCCCACGCGGCACGACCAAUCAGAGGCACUACCCAGAUCUGGGUAGUGACGCGUUAUCAGUAUGGAAUUUCUGCGCUCGUUUCUCAGACGUCAUUUUGCGGGGAAACCAGUGGUAGCGUGGCAAAUGUCGGCUGUUUUCUCAGGAUAUAGGAAAUGUAGUCACACAGACAAGGUAUGAUUUCCACGGCAACUUCCCCAAAUUGACAGGGUACGGGAUUCCUUUUUGGAAAAGGUCCCACUUCAGCAAAGGUAUAAUUUUUGAUAAGGAAUUAUGAGCUGAAAUGGUUAAUGUCAAUUUAUUGUUGUUUUUCAAAACAAAUUACUAACUACACGGCUGCUUGGACAGGUUAUUGCUAGUAAUUUUGCCAGAGUCUAGCCCUUUUAAUUUGCCUCAAAUAUUGGCUGCUAAAGCACUGACUUCUUCUCAGUGUAGCCAUUCAUUUUUGAACCUCCAUGGUCUCUACAAUGUCCACGUUCCUGAACAAGCAAGCUUAUAAUCCCGAGGGCUGCAGCACUUCCUAGAAAUCAUAUUUUCGUCAUGGUUUAGGGAGAAUGUAUGCGUUUGAAGAUCUGAGUCUCCUAGUUGUCAAAACUACUAGAUAGGUAAAGCUAUCGACUUUCUGUAUACCUCCCUAUGUCAUUCUUCGAUAUAAUUUUACUAAAGUACAAUGCUGCUAUCCGGUUUAUUUUUGAUUCAUAACCUCUGUGUAUAAUCACUACCGACUUAGGAUUGUUAACCAAAAGCUGGAUGUGAAUUCCGCCAUCCCCGGAUUAACAAUCCAGUACAGCACCGAUGGUGGCUUAUCAUGGGGUGACGUCACAGAGGGGAUGGCUGUUUCUGGUCGAGUUAUACUGGGAACCAGGUAG